AUGACGGGGAGAGCCUCAUCGGCGAACAUGUCCCGGAGCUCAUUCCGCGUGCGAGCGUGUGACAAUUGCCGACUUCGAAAGAUCAAAUGCGACAAGUCGGUUCCUUGUUCCAGUUGCAAUGUGUUAGGUAUUACAUGUAGCGCUGGGGGUACGACACCGGCUGCUACUGCUACUACCACUGCCACCCGAGCGCCACGAGUCCAGAAUGACGAGUACGAGCAAAGAUUCCAGUCUAUCCAAGAUCAGCUGAACUCCAUCCAGGAGACACUGCAGCAGAUCUCAAAAGGAUCACCGGCUGCAACUCCUCCGCUGGCGGUAUCCAGCCCAAGUCCAGCACGACAGACAGUGCCUCCGUUUGAAGGGCAGUCUUCGUUCCACCAUGAGACCCUUGUCGCUCGAGACGCUGCGCUCUCGGCUGUGGUCGCGGCUCGCGGUGGGGAGUUGAACGACCAGGUCUCUUCUGCGCUGUCGUCGCUGAAGGAUAGCCUUGACACGCAUACACCUGGUCCAGCACAGGGGUCCGAGGUAUCCCGCACUCGAGAGCCAUUACUCCCUGUAGAUCUUGUCGUUGCAGUGGUGAAAAAGGUCAAGGCACAACCCCCGUUUUUCCUGGUCAGUCAGUCGUGGAAAGACACCCGGCAACUUGAAUCGCUGUGCCAGUCAAUUUACUUUCCGAUUGAGCCGAUUCCGUCGGGGUCGACGACGCUGCUGCAUGGUUUACUGUACUUUGUUAUCCGAGAUUACAUCCACGAGGGAGAUCCUGACCUUGCGCGGUACGAUCUCAGCUCUAGCAAAUCUUUUUGUGAGAGGAGCUUUUCAGCUGGUCUGAAUAGCCCGCAGAUGCUAGCAGAUCCAACGCUGGAGAAGGUGCAAGCUUUAUUAAUUGGAAUCAUCAAAGCGCAAGAAGAAUUCGACAUCCAGCGCUGCUGGACGUACCUUUCGAUCGCGUUCAAUAUGUGUCAAACCAUGGGCAUGCAUCGGAAUGCGACCUCUCUAUCCGAUCCCUUCCCGCUGGCCGACUCCAAACGCCACGCAUUCUGGUCGCUGUACACCAUCGACAAGAACGUAUCGUUGAACAUCGGUGUCACCUCGCACUUCCAAGACCACGACAUCGACGCGAGCCUGUAUACCCCAUCGCUCGACCACCGACAACACUCCUGGGACCUCAUCAACCUUAUCACCGUCGAGUUCGCCGCUAUUCAAGGAAAGGUCUACGAUCAGCUCUACUCUAUAUCAGCAGUAAGAACAAGCGAGGAGGAGAAAUUAACCAGGAUCCACGCACUCUCCGUGGACCUCAUGGCUGUGCGGAACAAACUACUCGAAAUUGACGUCAGCAAAGGCCUCUACGCAGACUCUCUCCACGGCAUGACCGCCUGCGCCGACUUCAUCGCCUACUCCGUGCUAACGGUCAUCUACCGCGCCCAAACCCGCGCCGCAGACGCAAUGGCCGUGUCAUCCGAAUGCUACGAAGCCGCAUCGAUGGCCCUGCACAGCCACCUCAAAUGCAUAACCUACUUCCGGGACCGCAAAGCGCACAAACAAGCCGAAUACGUGAAUUCCAUUCUCCUAUACCCCUCCUUCACCCCCUUCAUCAUUGUCUUCACCCACGCAAUCACAACAACAAACUCCGCAGACCUCCACCUGCUCCACGAAACCGUCAAAUCCCUCGAGCUGAUAAAGGGCGUCUCCCGCGGCUCGCUGCACCUCCACGCCAUCUGCGCCUCCUUCGCCAAAGCCGCGCAGGUCCUCGUCGAUUCCAGACAGACGCUCACGGGGCUCGCGCAGCACCAGGAUGGGAGCCUGAUUGUGCCUGCUGGAUCGGGCGCGGGGGAUAUUGCGCUGCCCGAUGUGAUCUGGCCGGAUGAUUUGUUUGAUGACCGGGUUGAUCAGGUUGAUAUUUCGAUGUUUUUGAAUGAUUUUAUUGGGACGGGGAGGUCGGCUGUGGAGAUUUUGAGGGGGUUGAAUUGA